CAAACCCUUUCUUUUAACCCUAAAAAAUUCUCUGCAGAAUCUUCAGCUAAGAGAAAUUGCAAUGAAGAAGCAGAAGAAAACCCAGUUUUCCAUUCACAACGCUACCCUUCAUUUGCUUGCCGGAAUAUUAUUAUUCACUUGCAGUUUAUUAUUCUUCCCCGAUAUUCGUUCUCCAUGUUCAUCCAUGAAGCAGUUUCUUUCAAUCUAUCUCCCUAGCAUCUGGUCUUCAUUUUCCGACCCUAAGUGCUUGUUUAUAGUGGUUAAUGUAAUUGUCCUCGUCCUCGUCGGUGAAUCCGGGGUCGUCGGUUCGAACAAAUCUCCUGCUGGCGGUGACGUUUACGACGAAUAUGUCGAACGGAGUCGGUUUCGAGUUCGGGGAACCGAAGCCGGCUCGAAUGAAGAUAAGGGGAUGGAUUGUGAAGAGGAAGUGGUAAGAUGUGAGUCCGAGUCGGCGGUGGAAGGAACGAGUGAGAAUAUUGCAGAAAAGGAAGAUGAACAAGCGGUUGAAUUGCCUGCUGAGGAGCUUAAUAAAAGAGUUGAAGAGUUCAUUGCUAGGGUUAAUAAACAAAGGUUGAUGGAAGCUCAGUUAUUGGUGUGUUGUAAGGCAUAAUUAUUGUUAUAAAUUUAAAUCUAAAAUAUAUUAUGUCUAUUAUAUGAUUA